GCAUACCCGUGGCUGCAGAAGGCGUUGUGCGUACCGAACCUAAUAUCCCAUGUCUGAGCACAACUCAACAUCCCAGGCUCCUGAGCCUGUGGCACUCAAUGCAGUAGGGUCAAGAAAGAAGGAAUUUCCAUUGUCACAUAAUGCUGACUUUGUAUUCUACUCAAGGGCUCAACUGCCUCGCGUGACACUACUGCCGCAGCCCCUAUCGUGGGCACACCACCAACAUCAGCUCCCAUAGCCAUGAUGUCGUCCCCUGCUCCGCUACGACCAGCGCUCGGCGGCCGUCCUGGUGGUGCCCGGACUCCAAGACUAGGCUUAGCCAUUCCCCCAUCUCCUAAUGUGAAACCUGUUGGCGCGGCUAUGGCUGGGCCAACCCGACCACAGCUUACCGUCCAUGUCGCUACUCCUAUGGGCAGCACUGUUGCACCGUAUGAACAAACCAGAUCCUCUAUCCAGCCAGGCCAGUCAGCUAGCGGCGGUAGUGAGAGUAGUGCGGCACACUCAAGGUCGGGUAGCUUUGGGCCUUUGGAUGGGAGAGCGAGCAACCCUACAUCCGCAGGGUCUCAGUUUUCUGCAUUAUCCUUCGCCUCACAAUACGGCAUCGGAUCACGCCCACAGGGUACCCCUGAUCCGAUAUCCGCGGUUGGCUCCAUCUACUCGGAAAGAAGCGAAGGGGGCGUCGGAAUGGAACGAGAUGGAAGCAUGCAUGGCCUAGAAAGCAGCUUUGACAAACUAGCGCUCGACAAGGCUAGGACUGCCGAUGUCGAAGAGCUAGAUAGUGAUCAGAGUUGGAAACUUGCCAGCAUGGAGGGACGUAUUAUGGAGUUGGGUAGCCUUGGUGAAGGUGCUGGAGGGGCAGUCACUCGAUGCCAACUCAAGGGGGGAAAGACAAUUUUUGCGUUAAAGGUUAUCACUACCAACCCUAACCCUGACGUAAAAAAGCAGAUUUUUAGGGAGAUAAAGUUCAACAUGGGCUGUGCAUCGGAGCAUAUCUGCCGCUAUUACGGAGCUUUUGUUGAUGCUGCAAAUGGUACGAUUUCUAUUGCCAUGGAGUUCUGUGAAGGUGGAUCUCUCGACAGCAUCUACAAGGAGGUCAAGAAACUCGGUGGCCGGACAGGAGAGAAAGUCCUUGGUAAGAUUGCAGAAGGUGUGUUGAGUGGUCUGACCUAUUUGAACGACAAGAAGAUCAUGCAUCGCGAUAUUAAACCCUCGAAUAUUCUACUCUGUCGCACUGGCGAAGUGAAGCUCUGCGACUUUGGCGUGUCUGGUGAAUUCGGCACUAAGGGUGACGCCAACACUUUCAUCGGCACUAGCUAUUACAUGGCGCCGGAGAGAAUCACGGGUCAAAGCUAUACCAUCACCUCUGAUGUCUGGUCUACCGGCGUUACACUCCUUGAAGUAGCACAGCACCGCUUCCCAUUCCCUGCCGAUGGGACAGAAAUGCAACCUAAAGCCGGUUUAAUAGAUCUUUUGACAUACAUUGUACGGCAGCCGAUACCAAAAUUAAAGGAUGAGCCGGACGCCAACAUUUACUGGACUGAUGGCUUCAAAUACUUCAUCGAAUGCUGCCUAGAAAAAGAACCAACUCGUCGCGCAACUCCUUGGAGGAUGCUUGAGCACCCUUGGAUGGUUGAAAUGCGUGGUAAGCGAGUUAACAUGCAGAAAUACCUGUCUCAAGUAUGGGGUUGGGAUGAAGUCGAGACGAAAUCAUGAGAGCUCCCUCGUCAAAACACAGAGGUUAUCAAUUCGUUA